AUGCAUUGCGAUGUUGACGAGGAGGAUGAGCAAACGAUUGCUCGAUAUUUUGGGGCACUCCGCCCUGAAAUCGCUGAUGUUGUGCAGUUACAACAAUAUUGGACGUAUGAAGACGUGUGCAGGCUAGCUUUGAAGGUGGAGAAACAGUUGACAAGGAAGAAGGCAGUUAACCGCUGGUCAGGGAAAGACGCAACACCUUUUCGUGGCAGUAGCAGUACCACGGGUCAAACCAAGCCAUCAGCUCCGACAGCAAAACAGCCAGUGGCGGUUACACCGAGAGAAUCUGGGCAGCGAUCAAGAACACCGGUGCGAUGCUUUAAAUGUCAAGGCUUUGGGCAUAUUCAAGCUGAUUGCCCCAAUCGACAGAUGAUCACGUUUGUGGGUGACGAUAGUAUUCCUACGUUUGACAAAUCAGAUGACGAGGAUGAACUAUCAGAUGGGAGUACCGAGUUGGUGUAUGCGGAUCAGGGGGCUACUUUGGUGGUUCGCCGUGUGUUGAAUGUAGCAGCUGCAGAGGAAGAGCUAUGGUUGAGGCAUAAUAUUUUUCAGACCGAGUGUACUGCACAAGGAAAGAUAUGCAACGUGAUUAUUGAUGGGGGUAGUUGUGAGAAUGUGGUUUCUUCGAUCAUGGUGGAAAAAUUGGGAUUAAGUACGAUUGCUCAUCCACAGCCCUAUAAGCUAUCAUGGUUGAUCAAAGGCAAUGAAUUGAAGGUUAGUAAGCGAUGUUUAGUUCAAUUUUCCAUUGGGAAGCGAUAUAAAGAUGAGGUCUGGUGUGAUGUAAUUCCUAUGGAUGCUUGUCAUAGUUUGCUUGGUCGUCCUUGGCAAUUUGAUCGUAGGGUCAAGCAUAAUGGGUUUAAAAAUACAUACACAUUAAAAAAAGAUGGUGCUACUAUCACCUUGUGCCCUUGUCCGGAUAAGAAGUGUGAUACUGUUGUUGACAAAACAGCUAACGAGAAUAGUAACCUGCUGACACGAUCAGCUUUUGUGGCAGCAGCAUCGGAGGCGCCAACAUGCUACGUGUUAGUCGUGGUCGAGAGCAACAGCGUGGAGUUGAAGAUCCCUAAGGCAGUGCAACCACUUUUGAACUUGUAUGAGGAUGUUUUACCAGCAGCCAUUCCGUCGGGUUUGCCUCCUAUGCGAGAUAUACAACACUGUAUUGAUCUGAUUCCAAGUUCACCCAUUCCUAACAAGGCUGCGUAUCGUUUGCGGCCAAAGGAGCAUGAAGAGUUACAGAAGCAAGUGUUGGAGUUAUUGGAGAAAGGUGUCAUUCGAGAGAGCAUGAGUCUGUGUGCUGUCACGGCGUUAAUGGUUCCGAAAGCGAAUGGGUCAAUGAGAAUGUGUAUGGACAGUAGAGCAAUCAACAUGAUCACUAUCAAAUACAGAUUUCCCAUCCCACGGUUUGAUGACUUGUUGGAUCAGCUUCAUGGUUCGCGAGUAUUCUCCAAAUUGACUUGCACAGUGGUUACCAUCAGAUUCGCCUAA